UAUUUUACUAAUAAACUUAUUUAAAAAUAUGAGCAUUAUUAUUAUUAUACCUUACUAUAAUAAUAGUAAUUGUAUAUGUAUAUAUGAUUCAUGGUCCAAAAAACUUAAAACCACUUUACAAAAACAUUACAAGUAACAAAACAUGUUUCAGUUAUUCAGUUACAAGACUUUCUUCUUUCUCUCUCUCCUCCCACACCUCUUUCCCGCCAGAACCAUUCCGGGCACUUUAAUCCCGGUCGACCUCUCACAAACCGCCACGUGGCAUAACUUUGUCAACUUAAUCGACGCCGGUAAGGGUUUCAAAUUUUCCGGCAUGUCGGAGCUCAAAAAAUACUUCCACCGAUUCGGAUACCUCCAAAACGACGAAGAAAACUUCACGGAUCUAUUCGACGACAGUUUCGAAUCCGCAGUCGUAAACUACCAGAAAAAUCUCGGACUCACGGUCACCGGAAAACUCGACGCCGGUACCAUCACGCAGAUCAUGUCACCGCGCUGUGGGGUUAGAGAUUCCGUAAUCCACGUCAACAAAAACUACGCGUAUUUUGAAGGUGAGCCGCGGUGGGGGAGAUCAGCGCACGCUAAGCUAACGUACGCCUUUUCCGGCGGUCAUAUGAUCAAUAAUUUGAAUUUUUCCGACGUGAGUGAAGCUUUCCGGCGAUCGUUUUCCCGGUGGUCAGCCGUGAUUCCGGUGAACUUUAGUGAAUCAGACGAUUACCCGUCAGCCGAUAUUAAAAUCGGGUUUUAUGAAGGUGAUCACGGCGAUGAAGAGCCGUUCGACGGCGUGUUAGGGGUUUUGGCACACGCUUUUUCACCCGAAAACGGUAGACUACAUUUGGAUGUAGCUGAAACGUGGGCCGUUGAUUUUGAAUCCAGUAAAUCAAAGGUGGCCGUUGAUUUGGAAUCGGUCGCGACUCAUGAAAUCGGGCAUGUACUCGGGUUGGCCCAUUCGAAGGUUAAAGGGGCGGUUAUGUACCCAAGUUUGAGUCCGAGAAGUAAGAAAGUGGAUCUUAAAGUCGAUGAUGUGGUGGGUAUCCAGGCGUUAUACGGGUCAAACCCGGAUUUUCAAUAUAGUUCGUUGGUUGAAUCUGUUAUGUCUUCUAGUUGGUUUAUUGUUGUAAACCCAUUGAAAUGGUUGACUUAUUUAGUUACGGUUGUAGGGGUUUUAUUGUGACAAAGAAGAUGUUUUAGUUUUGGAAAAUGUUGCACUUUUUAUAGGUUUUUAAGUUCUGUAAAUGGUACUUUUCGCUUUUUGUAAGUUCUUAAGUUCUGUAAAUUGUAAAUAAGUAAACAUUUAACAAAUACCACAUGUUUGUAUUGUAAAGGGUAAA